ACUGGUCUGUUGGCCAGUGUCUGCUGCUGCUGCUGCUGCUGCUGCUGAACAUUGUUUACCUUGGUAGUGCUGCUGUGUCUGCUUCAUGUACAACUAUAUAGUGUCUACUGCGUCUGUGUAGACUCUAUAUAGUGUCUGCUACAUGUGUAUAGCGUGUUGUAGUAACUGUAGCGCAGCAUCAUGAGUGUUGGAGUAUGGAGGACCAGGAGGAGCGUCUGCUUGACCAAGAGGAGUGGCAUGUGGAAGCUGCUGCUGUCAUCCAGGAUGUGAAGGACUGUGUCUCCCAGAUUCAAGUAUCCUCCCUUCCCUCCUCAAAUACCACCAUUUAUUUCAAUCUUACCACAAGGGAAGAUAAUAUCUACUGCAUUGAGCUUACUGCUUCAGGAUUCAGAAUUGUAGGAGCUAAAUACGACGACAACUCUCAGCCUUCAGAAAAUCACUUUGAAACUCCUUACGCAUUGCUGGACAGCAUUAGCCCCCUGUACCGUGAAAGUUUUAGUUCAGCUUUAGCUGCUAAGCUGAAUACUUUACUUGGGGAGACUGACAAAGAAGAAAUGGAGUCUGUUGAUUAAUAACUUUAGGUCAUUAUUGCUGUGUAUAUAGAACAUGUGUGUAAACAAUAUAUUUGUGUUUGAAGUAGCAAUACGCUGCAAUACGAAAUUUUACCCCAGCAGUGUUAGUGUGUGAAAGGUAAAGUGUAUUAGAUAAUUUGAAGAGUAAGAAGUGUGAUGUAAUAAAUUUAAUAUCAGAUAAUGAAGGCUUGAUAAUUUCUGUAUCAGGACAGUUAAAAAAAGACAAUACAGUAUGAUAUAAGCUUAUUAUAUAAGAAUAGUAAAUUAUGUUUCCUUGCAAUAUCUGAAACACAUUUUAGCUUCUAACUCACAAGCAGGAGAACGGAUGGUACAAAAGCCAAUAAUGUGACCCGACGAAGUUUGGAAAGUGAAGCAGCUGCUUCUUUCACGGGUACCUUAC